UACUGCCUGUACUACACAGUCGACAAUGCGCUCGGAAGUAUUUAAAAAAUCCAUUGUGCUAAGUGUUUAAUCCUUUGUUUUUGUUCCUAAAAUUAUUAUUUAAUCUUGUGUAUGUGUGUAUGGUCUCGCUAUAUGAUAAAUUAUACUAUCUAUGAUGUGUCGGAAGAUUUUGAUUCUAGUUUGAAAAUAUUAUCGUACCCGGUAGGUUUACUUACCUAGGUAGUUAAAAAUUAAUUGUAACAAUAAUAAAUAACUAUUUCGCAAUCCAUAUUCAUGCAUCCAAACUUUAAACCUAUGUUGCUGACUAGAAGCUACUCAUGGCUAUUCUGGACUAGUGUGUCAUAAACUGCAAUUUGAUUCAAUAUGUGUGCCCUACGACUUGAAGAAAAUUUAAUCUAAAAUUUAUAAUCUCAUUGUUGUCAGAAGUUGGGCACUCACAAUUCAUUGUUGCAACUACAUUAAAAGGACCUCUUCAAUUCAGAACUUAGUCAAUAUGUACAAAACAGAUCUGAAUGAUUUGAAGUCAAAAAAUAAUGACACUGCUGCAGAUGAAAAUAAACUUGGAUCAUCAACAGUAUGCAUUACUAAACCUUUACACAAUGAAUUGAAAGAUCAAUGCUUUAAAAAUACUGUUGUAAGGCUAGAAGAACAUAAGGAAUUAUACAAACCAAAACGUACUAUAAGGAAAACAUUUUGCAGCUCUUCGAUAUUCAAACUUUUCUCAAACAAAGAUGAUCAGAAAUAUAAAGAUCCUACUAUUGAUAAUUCAUGCCAAUCACACUGUGAAAAGCCAAUAGAUUCAUAUGAUAUACCUGCCUCUAAUAUAAUAUCAGAUACAAUAGUAAAAUUAACUGAACAUGGCAAUAAAUGUAUUCUAUUUGAAUCUGGUAAACGAAGGGAACUGGAAAAUAAAUUAAAUGAUCCGUCACUGUUUUAUAUGAAUAUCCCGAAGAUUAUAUUAGGAAAUCUUUCAAAGUUUUUUGAUGAGCAUCGAACUGGUGUUGAUCUUCAUAAAAUGAUGAAAUUAUACCGUUCAAAAUAUGGCCGAUCUUAUGAACCAUUGAAUUAUGGCUACUCUUCUGAAAAACAUAUGUUUGAAUCUUUAGACAAAAUGGUAGAAAUAAAAAAUAAUGUGCUGUAUACAAAAGAUCCUUUUGCCUAUACACAAUUAUUAAAAACAAUAAAUCCUAUUGACAUGAAUGAAAAUACUGCUCUUUUAUUACCGGGUAAUGAUUUUCUAUUGAAUUACUCGAGCAAUGAUAUCUGCAAUGGAAGAUUCAAAUAUUAUAAAAUUAAGUUGAACGAUCUGAAGUUAAUAAAGGUCAUUGUUGCUGAUAUUUACAACCCUAAUUCAUUUUAUAUUCAAUUAGCAAAGGAAGUUGAUAUUCUGAAUGAAUUCAUGGAUGAAUUGCAAGUGUUCUAUAAUGAAAAUGAAGAAAAAUACAAAGUUUCUCCGAAACUAAUUCUUCCACAAUUGCCAUGUACCUCAUAUAUUAAAGAUACCAAUUUGUGGCACAGGGCUAAAGUUUUAAAAAUAGUCGAUGAAGAAAACGUGCAAUUGGUUUUUGUUGAUUAUGGAUCAAUUGAAAUAAAACCAAAAAAAAAUAUCAGACUUUUACAAUCAAGAUUUAGCGCUUAUGCUGCUCAGGCAAUACACUGUGGCUUAUAUAAAUGUAGAGAGUAUAAUUAUUCAAGAGAAAUAAGUGAAUAUUUUGCUGAUAUGGUAGAGCACCAUGUGUUAGAAGCACAGAUCCAUGCACCAAUUCCCGAAGAUGAUUCUGAAAAAAUAAUGGUUACAUUAUUUUUAAAUACCAAAUUUGAUCAAAUUAAUAUAAACAAAAGAAUUUUCAAAGUUCUUGAAAAGAGAGGAACAAGAGUCAUUCAUCAACAUUUCAAAACCCUUAAAAAAGAUAAUUUAUAAAUUUAAUGGAAGAAAGAAAUAAAUCAAAUUUCGACAUUUUCAAAGAAUGAAGGAAUACAGUAUAAAAUCAAAGAAUGUUCACAUAAGAAAAAAUAUUUUUCAAUUUUUAAAUAUAUAACUGCUAUAUCUCUAUAUGUUGUAAUGUAUAACUGAAAACUUAACACAGUGAGGAGAGAAAAAAGAUAAGUUUUAUCAAUAUUAUAUAGAAUCGAUUGAUUUGAA